AUGUUGAAGUUUGCACGACCUUGUGAAAGCUUGGCCGCUCAUUUGCCCGAGAAGAACGACGAGACAGCCAUGAGUGCAUUGGCGAACAUUUUCAUCAAUGCGGCGAACCUACGUGUGGCGUCGACAGAGUUUGAGAAGCUCGGCAAGGACACUGCGGCCAAAAUCGUUCACGACGGCUACAAGCUUGUGGAGCAGAAGAUCAUUGCGGCCAACCUUCGUGCAGAGCAGUGUUUGUCCGACUUCGCCUCCGAGUCCAAGUCCGACGCCAUUUUUCAGGGACGUGCAGCGUCGCUGAGAGACGUGGCGAUGCGGGGCAUCAAUAACUUGAAAGCCUUGCAUGAAAGCGUGGCAAGCGGCAUCGGGGAAUGCAAACAGGUGCUCUUGAAGAAUGCGGAGACCACGCUUCAGGAGAACCUCCUUCAGCUUGAGAAGUUUGCGUAUGGCUGCUCGGAUGGCAAAAAGUGGAAGAAUGUCUUCCUGUCCGGUGAGGCGGAGCAGGCCGAGGGCGAGGAGGGUGCUUCAAAUGUGAUUGAAGCAGCAAAGCGGUGGGUGCAAGAGGUCUUCACCAAGGAUGUGGAGCCCCAGAUCGCCAACUUGUUCAAACCGGCCAAAGCCGCGUACCAGGCUAUGCUGGCGGUCCUGGAGCGCUACAGUGUGUCCCAAGAGGAGUGGCCAAAGAAUGUGGCCCAUGCCAGGCUGAUCUUGGCAAGCUCUAUGGCAACCUCCGGCGAGGCGCUCCUUGUCAGAGCCAUCAUGGACCAAAAUUAUGUGCAGGAGACCAGCAGCCAGCUGAAACGCUUGGCCAACAACAAGUUCGCCGUGGAGCUUGAUUACAAGCGUUUGCUUCAUCCGAAGAUUGUGGCAAAGGCCACGGAGUUGUCGCGGCAGUGA